AUGGGGGCCGUAUCCUGCAGCAUGUUCCCGUGGCUCCUCCUGGCGCUGAGCGUCUGCGUCUGGCCCAGCACAGGUCUCCCACCACGCCACAUGGACUCCGUGGUUCAGAUCGUGGAAGCCCUUGAAUCGACUGACCACGGCUUUACCGGCACCGUGCCGGAGCUGGCGCGGGCACUGGGUGGCUGCAGCACCCCUGGGUGCCGUGCGGUGCUGGGAGAGCCACCCGACGUCCCACCAGCCCCACCAACGCUCAGCCGCGAGCAGUGGCUGCUCUUCACCCAACUCCUCCACCACGACGACGCGACACCCGAGCGCGGCGCGGUGCUGGCACCCGACGGCUCCACCGUCGCCCUCGGUCCCCUUCUUGCCGGCGUCGAGGUUGGCCUCAAGCGGGCGGCAGGGUGGCCCGUCCCCACCGUCGAGCCACUCGUCGACGCGCUCUACGCCGUCACCAUCGCCGAGGCUUUGGGGACAUCCUUCCUCUUGGCUCGUGACGGUUACGGCAACCGAGCCGCGCUGGGACCUGGUGGCUGUUGGGAUGACGUGGAUGACCCCCAAAACUACACCCUGCUGGGACCCCCGUCACCCAUCCCCGAUGCUAUCGCCAACGGGGCGAUGGAUGGGGUGCUGUUGGGUGCACGCCUGGCCCGAGCACCCAUCCCGCUCGCCGACCUUCUCCGGGGCUACUACGGGACAGGCAACGGCACGGAGAAGGGACGACCCCCCAGCAGUUAUCGGCGGCGAGAUUUUGGGGUGCUGACGGGGCCAGAGAAGCUGGAGGAGGAGGUGGCGGCGAUGCUGAGGGUGCUGCGGGUGCUGCCACCCACCCGGGAGCUCUUGGAGAACGUGGGGCCGGAGGAGGUGGCGGCCAUUGCUCGCCAAGCAGCGCGGGACUUCACGGAGGUCUACGUGGAGUGCCCGGCCAUCGUACCCCGGUGCAUGUGGGGUGCCCGUCCCUACCGCGGCACCCCCAAACUCUUGACCCUCCCCUUGGGCUCCGUCUACAUCCACCACACCUUCAUACCCAGCACCCCGUGCCGCACCUUCGCCGCCUGCGCCGACGCCAUGCGCUCCAUGCAACGCUUCCACCAAGACACCCGCGGUUGGGAUGACAUCGGUUACAGCUUCGUGGUGGGGUCAGACGGUUACCUGUACCAAGGCCGAGGUUGGCACUGGGUUGGUGCCCACACCAAAGGUUACAACAGCAAAGGCUACGGCGUGGGCUACGUUGGAGACUUCUCGGCCACCUUGCCGGACCCUGACAUCAUCGCCCUGGUGCGGGACGGGCUCCUGCCAUGCGCCGUGCGGACCGGCCGGCUUCACCACAACUACACCCUACGCGGCCACCGCCAGAUGGGUCACACCGACUGCCCCGGCAACUCCCUCUUCCAUGAAAUUGAGACCUGGCACGGCUUCAAGGCCGUGGCCCAGCGUGAGCCUGGCCGAACUGGGAGCGUAGAUAACAUCAUCGGGGCAGAGGCGGAGGUGAGGGUGUGA